AUGUCCAACUCAAACUUGUCAAACUCGAACUGCACUGCUUUGUCCUUCCCUAAUGAGGACAAAGUCAUAGUGACUGUUGAAGCCAAGGAUGCCACUCCUCAACCUGGCUUGAAAGACAACAAUACUGACCAUGCUUUGGCGUCAGUCAUCGAGCCUCCUGCAACUAGCAUCACGGCGACCGAAGGGCCUGGCCAAGUUGGCUGGAUGAAUGGUCUCUUUGAAGCUCCAACUCCUCAUCUCACGGGUCCCGAUGCCCCUGCUCACCUGGUGGAUAUGGGGCCCUUGCAUAGAGUGGGUACUGCUGACCGGGAUCAAUUUGAUCGCGCCCACGAGGUAGUGAUCCAAGUGUUGUUCAAAAUACACACCAAGAACGAGGUGGUAAUCACCAAUUCGAACGAUUCGACCAGCUCCAGUCAAACGAAGCCUUCGACUGCCCGCCGCUCAGUUGGCACCACUGUCAAUGUGAUUGACUCCAAGGUAUUCAACGAUGGGGUUGUCCAUGAGUUGCGUGCUUGUGUAGUUGGUCUCUCCUUGAAUCAGUUCAAGGAGAGAUGCGCUGAGCUAUGUGAACGCUACGCGCCUGGAAUGCACCAAAUGGUGAUCAAUUCGGAAGUUGCGCCGAAUCUAACUUGGAAGGCGUCUGUGGGCCUGUGA